CUGAGAUAAGACAGUCCCAGCGCUUGCAGUAGAAGACAGCAGGGUCAGUGGGACACCCAUUCUCUCUGCAGCCCAUUGCCCCUGAAUGGAAGCCUCUCCAUCCUGACACAUGAAAGGAGUCCCAUUGCCAGUAGACUAGGGGGACACAAUGGUUGCAUGUUGGCUGAAAGGACUCUGGCUUUUUGUGGCUAUCAUUUUCCCAAGAGAUGUCACUGGAAUCCCUGGAGAAGGCAGGAAAGUCUGGGAAAGGAUGGGACAAGUCAAGCCUUUAACUGAGGAACAACUUUUUUCUAGCCAUGGAACGUUCCCCAAAGACUUUCUAUGGGGAGUAGGAAGUUCCUCCCUGCAAAUAGAAGAGGACCACUCCGGCAGAGGACCUUCUGUAUGGGACGAGUUUAUGAGAGCCCACCAGCCCUGGCUUGGAAACCUUACCAGUGGGCAGCCUGCAGACACAUCUGCCAGCUUCCCGGGCAAGGAACUGCCAGCCCUGGAGUUUUUAGGGGUGGAUUUUUACCAUUUUUCCAUUUCUUGGCCAAUGCUUUUCCCCCAGGGAGAUGAUAUCCCCAGCGAGCAGGGAGUCCUGUACUAUAACAGCCUCAUCAACUUACUGAUCGGCAAGGGCUUGAAGCCAGUGGUCACCCUGUACCACUGGGACCUGCCGGUGCCCAUCCAGGAGCAGUACGAGGGUUGGGCAAAUCAGAGUGUCACCCAUCUGUUCAAUGACUAUGCCAAGUUCUGCUUCCAACAGUUUGGGGACCGGGUGAGGUAUUGGAUCUCCAUGCACAACCCCUACCUGAUAGCCUGGCACGGUUACGGCUCAGGGAUAAAUGCCCCUUGGGUGAGAGGAGACGAUGCAAGGGUGUCUGCAGUGGCACAUAACCUCAUCAAGGCUCAUGCGUUGGUCUGGCACACCUAUAAUACCCACUACCGCCCAUUUCAGAAGGGGUACCUCUCUGUCACAUUGGGCUCCCAUUGGAUAGAACCAAACAAAAGAAAUAUCGACUCCCCAGCUAUUGAGAUAUGUCAAGAAUCCAUGGAUACUGUACUUGGGCGAUUUGCUAAACCUAUUCACGGCGAUGGCGAUUACCCCGAGAGUCUGAAGAGAAAAUACGGCUCAACCUUACCUACAUUUUCAGAGGCAGAAAGAGCUCACAUUAAAGGGACGGCUGAUUUCUUUGCAUUCUCCUUUGGACCCAAUAACUUUAAGCCAUCAAAUGAUGCCAGCAAGUCAACUCGAGUUUCACUUCAUUUAAGGGGGAUAUUGAACUGGAUUAAAUUGGAAUAUGACAGUCCCAGAAUCCUCAUCAUGGAAAAUGGUUGGUUCUCCAACAGCAACAUCAGAACUGAAGACACCGUCAUAUUAUACAUCAUGAAGAAAUUUAUCAAUGAUGUCCGACUAGCUAUUAGACAUGAUGGCGUUAAUGUUUAUGGCUACACCGCAUGGUCACUGAUGGACAGCUUCGAAUGGCAGGAAGGAUACAAAAUCAGGCGUGGGUUAUUUUACGUAGAUUUCAGCAAGAUGGACAGAACAAUAACGCCCAAAUCUUCUGCGUUAUAUUACAAGCAAGUCAUACAUGACAAUGGGUUUCCGUUGGAGGCACCAGACACGAUGGCCCAUGGGCAGUUUCCAUGCGACUACUCCUGGGGAGUAACAGAUUCUGUACUAAAGGCAGAGCUGGCUCCCUCUUCUCCUCAGUUCACAGAUCGCAGAUUGUAUGUGUGGAAUAUCACAGGAGACGGGAUUCUGCAUGCAGUAAAAGGAGUAAAGCUGAAGACUCGUACUGCUCAAUGCACUGAUUUCCUCACCAUCAAAAAACAGGUAGACAUGCUGACGAAAAUGAAAGUCACACAUUACAGAUUUGCUCUAGACUGGUCCUUGAUCCUGCCACGGGGCGAUUUGUCCACAAUUAAUAGAGAAGUCCUGAGGUAUUACCGUUGCAUGAUAGAAGAAGCAUCCAAAUUUGGAGUCAAGACCAUGUUGACACUUUAUUACCCAACACAUAGUUCGCUGAAUCUUCCUGGACCUUUGUUAGAAAAUGGAGGCUGGUUAAAUAUGACUAUCGCUCAAGUAUUCAGGGACUAUGCAGAGCUGUGCUUUCAAGAACUGGGCGACCUGGUGAAGCAGUGGAUCACUAUUAAUGAGCCAAACCGUCUAAGUCACCAUUACCAAACCAACAGUAAUAACACUUACCGAGCAGCACACAAUGCACUCAUUGCCCAUUCUAUGGCAUGGCAUUUGUAUGACAAGAUCUAUAGGACUGAACAACAAGGUCAAAUAUCACUGUCUCUACAUGCUGACUGGGUCGAGCCAGCCAAUCCCUUUCUCAAUUCCCACGACGAGGCUGCAAAACGUUUUCUGGAAUUUGACAUUGCUUGGCUUGCUGAGCCAUUAUUUGGCUCUGGCGACUACCCACCUCUCAUGAGACAGUAUAUCCAAACCAAGAACCAAAAGGGAAUUUCUAAGUCUUUCCUUCCGCAUUUCACAGAGGAAGAAAAGAAGCUGGUGAGAGGUGCAGCAGAUUUCUUUGCCUUGAAUCAUUUCACCACUAGACUGGUGAUUCACGAGGCAAAGAAUGACAGCAGAUUUGACUCUGGCCAAGACAUCUCUUUUCUCUUGGAUGUCACACGGCUGUCUUCAUCCAAUGGACUGGCGGUAGUUCCGUAUGGGAUAAGGAGACUUCUAAACUGGAUAAAGAAGAACUAUGGAAACGUUCCAAUUUACAUUACAGCAAAUGGAGUGGAAGACAAAUAUUCAGAAAACGAUGAACUUAGAAAGCAUUAUUUACAGCAAUACAACCAGCAACUAUUACAAGCCUACCUACAAGAUGGCAUCAACUUGAAAGGAUACUAUGCAUUUAAGCUGACCGAUAAAACCAAACCACAAUAUGGAUUCUUCAACUCUGCCAUGUACAACUUGAAACCGAAGGCUUCAGUGAGUACAUACAGUGCAAUCAUUACGGCAAACGGCUUCCCAUUGGAUCACACAAGAAACUCCUGCAGGAUGACGAUUGCAGAGAACGUUUGUCCUUUUUGUACAUACAUCCAGCAGAGGAAGCCGCUCAUCUUUUUCUGCCUUUGCCUUUUUACCACCGUCAUUCUAUUAAUAACUGUUGCAGUCAUAAGAAAGUACAAAAGGAAGCGGAGAAAACUGCGCCCGGUGAAACACCAGCACACAGCUUGUUUUCUAAUGAAGAAGAAAGCCGGUUUCAGCCAGUGCUGAGGGCGACUGCACCUAACGCACUUUUCUCUUGUAUUCACUCCAUUUUCUCUGCGGAAGUCAAAGACUGAUUCAUCUAUUCAAUGUGUUCCUGAGCAUGUUUACAAGAGCGACUGACACCCCCCUCUUUGGCUUGCCGUGUUAUCUCAGUCCCACACAUCACUGGCAAAGACACGUGAUGUUCUCGUCAUGAGUGCUUAUAAUUUAAUUUAUAAACUGCAGGUCUACUGUAAUUAUUUUGUUCAUUAUUUAAAAAAAGAAAGAAAAAGUCACUGUUCGGGGACGUUGCUUAUUUAAAAAAAUUUGCCCACUUACGACAUUCCAUUUUAACAGAUUAGUAGCACUUUUUACAAAAACAUUUAUUUAUAUCAAUAAAAUGCUGCUAGUCUCUUCACUGGGAGUGACUCUGUUUUGAAGAAAUGGGAGGGGGGCUUACCCUCAUCUGUGGCUCUUCACUGCAUGCCACGGAAGGUUGGUGACUAUGGCUUCUCACUGGUCAUGUAACUUAGAGAAACUUUAAUGCCGCAGCUCAGAAUAAAACUAUCUAGACACGUCUUUGAUACAGAUACUUUUACUCUCAGAGGGGCUAAUUCAGAUGUGGACAGAGUAGCAGCAGCGAUGGCUCUGUAUGUAAAUGCAGCAGGAGGCAUUUAUUACAAGUAGAUGCCUCCUUCGACACCAUUGGGUGUCUUGCGGCACCCAUAGGGUCGUGCAAGCUGCCCGUCGCAGAUGCUUGUAGGAGGCCUGGAAAUCUAUGCUCAAUGACUGAGAUACUUUCCUCUUCACUCCCCUUAAAGGGCAGAAAUACGCCUUCGUUUUUACAAACGGAGGUUAUCGCCGCCACUAAAAGGCAUCAAACUGUCAAUCACAGAAAGUCUCAUGCUGGACUGCUUUCGACAUUGCAGGACCCUUUCUUGCAUUCACAGAAUGGUUCCUGCACAUGAUACAUGAUAAUUGGUACUUUGCGAGAAAAGCAGCAACUCAGUCCGCAUCUGAAUUACCCCCAGUCUCACAGCUCUUGCUAAGCUGUACCAGUCACAGGAUGGAUGAGCAUUAUGGGUAGUAGACCUAUAGGUGAUACUUACUACCCAUGAUGCUCAGCCAACCAUUGACUGGGUGUCACAGAGGAGUAGCAGAAUAGUGUAAGGAAAUGCUGCGUCAUCUUCAGAUCUCUUUGUGAAGAUGAGGGUUUUAAGGUAAUGUCUGCCCUCAAAAAUCUUUUUACAAAGCAUUUUUCAUCGCUCAGCCCAAUUUUAUUUUUUUAAAAUGUUAUUAUAUUGUACUUAAAAGAUUCCGCAUUAUAACCAACACUUAUUUGUAUGUCAGCAAUUGUUUUCAGCUGGAAUGAGGUUGCAGUUGUCAGGAAAAUCUCCAAUCGGCUCUCCACCUUUACAGUUAGAUGACAAGUAACUCAACGAUGCAGCUGCAUUUUCUAGACUGUAGGGGGUAAUGUACUAAAGAUCGAUGUCGAUCAGUUUUAGAUCGAUCAACAUCAAUGUUGUGUUUCACAGUCUAAGUUGCACAUUAACUAACACACGAUUCUUUACAUCGGUCUUUAAAAUCGACAGCAAAAAAUCUUAAAUUAAAUGUGCGAUUUAGACCCUGAAAUACAACAUUUACCCCUAAUAGUAACAUAAUAUUUAAAAAAACAACAAGAAGAAGGUCACAGAUUAAUAUAUUUUAUUCUAUAAAUAUGUCAUGUGCGCUAAAUAUUGUGGGUAUAUGGGGGUUCACUCAUAUGUCUCUGUUUAACUACAGUUUUGAAAUAAUCUGGUUGAGUAAAAUAUAACAUAUCUCGGUGUGCAUUAGUUUUUACUGUUUAAUUGGUAUUAUUGAAGCUCCGAGUAGGCAGACCUGUCAGCAAGUAGGCGGGGCUUUUGAUUCAGUUGGCAGGUGUCUGCAUACAGUCGGCUUGCUUCACUUUCUGUGAAGACCAACACCAUGCAUGUCAGUGGUACACUUAAUCAUCUCUUCAUUUCAUAUUCUGCAAUACAACGGAUUUUAUGACGGUAAGGUCACUUUGCCUUUACAGAAAACACUAAUCCGUGAGUGAACUCCCAAAGCUGUAUAUUGUGAUUCACAUCUGGUAUUAAAAUAAAGUGGAUAUGUGUCAGUG